AAUGAAUUUACUUCCUUGUUGGUUUUAAAGAUCAACAAAAUAAAGAUGGAAGUACCCGGAAAGAAGCGUGACCCUGACCUUGACAAGCGUUCAGCUGAUGCCACGGUCUACUGCCAGCCGUGUGGAGAAGGGGGUAAACGCGCUGUGGCCCAGGGCUUCUGUCAGACCUGCGAGGAGUAAAUGUGCGCUCCCUGUGUCGAAUACCAUAAGAGAUUGAAGAUGUUAAGGAACCACAUUUUGCUAUCAAAAGAUAGGAUGCCCUCCUUCUACCCGACAACGAAGAAAUCAGCUAUCGCCGACACGGAUUAUUGUAACCACCACCCGCAGGAGAUGAUAAAGUUUUAUUGCCCGACCCACGGAGACCUUGGCUGUGGCGACUGUGUCGUACUCGACCAUCGCAGCUGUAAAGUUGACUACAUCGCUGAUGUGGCUAAAGAAUUUGUCAUUGGAAAUGAAUUUAGAGAGCUCGAACCAUCAAUUAAUCGAGCUGAAGAUCUUUUAUCCGGGCUCGUUAGUAACGUCAAGGAGAUUUUUGGUAAUGUUGAAAACCAGUCUAAAGUUGAGAUAGAUAAACUGAGGAAGUUCCGUGUAGAAAUAAACACAUACCUGGACAGGUGCGAGAAGGAGUUGCUCGACAACAUCGAGAAGGUCAAGACCGAGGAUGAGAACGCGCUGACUGCACUUAAGACCGAUUGUGAGUUGAUGAAAACCCGACUUGAGGCCAUAAGGGCGGAACUGACUUCCGGUGACGUCUCUGUGAACCAGCGAUAUGUUACGGCAAGGCGAGGCAUGAAGGAGCUACGGGGAAUUAAUGACAAUAUGGAGAAGAUGGCUGAUAGGAUGAACGCCCGGAAGUACCGGUUCACUAAGGACGCGGGCACGGAGCGGCUACUGGGAUCGAAAAUGGGCCUUGGAACACUUGACGUUGCGGGAGAGUUUCAAAAGAAUAUUCCAGUUCCUGACCUCUCUACUGUCACAUGGAAGAAUGGAGUAGACAUCAACGUCAAAACGCCACAAGACCGGGGAACCUGCCUUAUAACCGGCCUCGCACUGCUGUCUCCCGGUAUCUUCCUUCUGACUGACAACGGUAACAGCUGUGCCAAACUGUUGGACGCCACCACCCGCACCGUCACGUCCCGACUCGAACUGCCAGUCCAGCCCUGGGACGUGUGUGCGCUUCCUGAUGACCAGGCCGCCGUCACCCUUCAGAAAAAAUCCAUAAUUCAGUUCCUGUCUACGAAAGGAGGACAGUUGUCUCUUGGAAGGGAAAUUAAAGUAUCACCUGACUGUCGUGGUAUUGCGUAUAACAGCAAUAGAUUAUACGUGUCUUACUCAUCAAACCCGAGUAUUGAGGUGAUGGCAUUGGAUGGUCAUAUUUUAAGUACAUUUAAAACAGUUGAUGAAAGACAAAUUUUCCAAUGCCCAAUAUAUCUGACUGUGUCAGCUUCCACACCACCGACCCUGUACGUGUCUGACAGCACUGCCCACACCGUCCUUCAGCUGUCUCUAGACGGGAAGGUGCUACGAGAGUACAGUUACAAGAAGCUCGAAUAUCCCAAAUCCGUGGUGGCGGUAGGUCCGGGUCAGCUGCUCGUGUGUGGGAAUCGCUGUCAGAGCGUGAUACUGCUAACGGAGAGGGACGGAAAGAUGGCGGAAAUACUGGGACGGAAGGACGGACUGACCAAACCUUACUCUGUGUUAUUCUGUCCUGACAAACGUGCCAUAGUUGUUGGGAUGUUUAAUGGUGACUCACUGAAGGUAUUUAAUGCAAACUGACAGUGUUUCUUUCUUAGUCAUGAUUGUUGUUUCUUAGGAAAAAAUUACCAUGCAUUAAAUUAUCUUUAAACAACUGAAAAGUAAAUGCAAAAACAUUUAUUUUACAAUUUCAGCUUGCGGUUUUGAUUUGUUUUUUUUGUAAACUUGUGUUAUCAAACCGAAUAACCAUUUAUAUUAAAUGACAUGUACAAUAUAUCGAAUAAAUAUUAAGUGUAUUUUGCAGUUAUGUUUAGCAAGAAAUAGAAAAACAAAUUAGUGUAAAUAUUGUAGUAUUAUCAUAACAUUUUUUCAAGUAACUAUAAAGGAUGUUGUCAAUGGAAAUUUUCAAGUGUAAAUCCAGCUUCCAUUUGAAUAGAAAAAAUGAUAAAAUGAUUUCAUACCUUCAAAUUUAAGGUAUCUAAUAAAAUGUUUUUAUAUUUUUUGAGUAUUUACGUAUCUUGAGACGCAAAAGUGAUAUUGCCUUUUUAUUAAAAUUGUAUGUAAUAUUUCUUCAUUUAACCAUGUCCUGAAAAGAUUUUACUUAAACAUUUUAAAUAAAAAAAUGUUUAUAAACAAAUCUUGAAGUGUCGGUUGAGAAAUCCGGUAAAUAUAUGUUAGCUGAUUGGGCUCUGUAUUUAUGUUAAAGAAUAACUCUAAGUUCUUAAUGUUUCGAUGUACUUGUGAUUUGGUCUUAAUAAACGUCUAUAUUUAUAUUAAGCAAUAAUCAAUAAAAAAGACAAUGGCCUGU